CGCGCACACGCCAAACACUUUCCAUGCCGGCGGUGUUCUAAACUUGCAGUCUCCUAUACUUUCCUUCCCCUCUUUCCCCGUCCAUCCUAUAUAUACAUACGCUCACCCGCAGCCGGAGACAAGUAAGCUCGAGAACAACAGAGGACCAACGCAACAGAAACCGGGAGCCACCACAUCACACACAUUUCGCGAUUAGCAACAGAGCCAACAAGAUGGCGAUGGUCAGCGAGCGGUGGACGCGGGUGCGCACGCUGGGCCGCGGCGCCUCGGGGGCCGAGGUGUUCCUGGCGGCGGACGACGCGUCCGGCGAGCUCUUCGCGGUCAAGUCGGCGCGCGCGGCCGGCGCCGCGGUGCUCAGGAGGGAGCAGGCGAUCAUGACCGCGCUGCGCUCCCCGCGCGUCGUCUCCUGUGUCGGCGGCCGCACUGGCCGCGACGGCACAUACCAGCUCCUCCUCGAGUUCGCCCCCGGCGGCUCGCUCGCUGACGAGAUUGCCAAGAGCGGCGAAAUCGACGAGCGCGCGAUCAGAGCAUACGCAGCGGACAUCGCAGCCGGGCUGGCCUACCUCCACGAGGAGUCCGUCGUGCACGGAGACGUCAAGGCGAGGAACGUCGUGAUCGGCGCCGACGGCCGGGCCAAGCUUGCGGAUUUUGGGUGCGCGCGGAAGGCGAGCGAGAAUAUCAUUGGCGGCACGCCUGCAUUCAUGGCGCCGGAGGUGGCGCGCGGUGAGGAGCAGGGCCCGGCGGCCGACGUCUGGGCUCUUGGAUGCACGGUCGUCGAGAUGGCAACCGGCCGCGCGCCCUGGAGCGGCGCGGACGGCGACGCGCUGGCCGCGAUGCACCGGAUCGGUUACACCGACGCGGUUCCAGAGGUGCCCCAAUGGCUCUCCGCGGAGGCGAAGGAUUUCUUGGGCCGCUGCUUGAUCAGACAGCCGUCUGACCGGUGCACGGCGGCGCAGCUGCUGGACCACCCGUUCUUGGCCUCCGCCGUCUUCGACACGAAGGUGGAAGAUGUCAAGGGGAAGUGGGUGUCGCCAAAGAGCACGCUGGACGCGGCAUUGUGGGAGUCGGACUCCGACAGCGAGGACGCCGCCGACGACGAGCUGUCGCACAGCACGGCGGAGAGGAUCAAGGCAUUGGCCUGCCCUGCGUGGGCGUUCCCGGAUUGGGACGCCGACGAGGGCUGGAUCGACGUGCUCUCUACGUCAACCAAAGCAUCCGAUGAGGUUGCUGUACCGGCCGAGGAGACGACUACCCUGGACGACGCAACCAUUAGCGAAGAACAAGCUGCAAAUUGCGGCAUUCUCGACAGUACCACCAUGGACAGCAACCAUAGCAGAGUUCUUAGUGUAGGAGAAGCCAACUAUGAUUCAGUUGGGCAUAGUAUGAAUCAGUGUUUGGAAAUUUCAGUUUGUGAGGAAGUAGUUCCAUGCACUAAAUUAUUGUGCAACAGAUGCAUGAAUGAAACUGAUUUUGUUCUGCCCAAACACUCUGCUUCGCUCUGUUCCUCUGUUUCUUUAGUCACCAUUCUUUUUUUUUUGUUGCAAAUUUCUCUGCUCGUACUUCCUCUCUACCCCUGUUUCGACAGGUUCAGGUACCAAACUCCCCGGAAAAAAAUGAGAGGUUCCGGGGUUUAA